AUGCACCCCGAAUCCUACCGCUUAGCUGAGGUCCUGGCAGUGGCCAACAUUCACCCUUUCUAUAAUCCGGGAGUCCAGUAUCCUCCUGAACCUGACGCAAUUCAGCAUGCUCGGCAGUCCGCCACAAAGACUGCGGCAGAGGUCAAUCUUCAUACUCGGCCUAUAGUCACGAAGAAGGAUCUUUACAGGGUCAUUGAGCGUCUGACCCAUGAUACAAGUCCAGACAAUGUUUACCGACUCCGUUCCUACAUCAGCAUCACCGGUGGCGGUUCCGGUGGGUUACCGUUGAUGUUCGCCACGGAUGUAAAAGAAAACCGCAGACACAGAUCAGUUUUCGGCGAGUUCAUGGUGGCCUGUGGACUUGUUGGCCCGGGCGAUUGGGUUCUUACGACCCAUGUGUCAGGUUACUUGUACCGAUCUCUCGACCUCAUGAGUGAGCUUUUUGAGAAUGCCGGGGCAACUGUUCUAAGCUGUGGCAAUUACAUGACCCCAGUCGAGGUUGUCCAGUAUCUGGCCCACUACCAUGUCAACGUUUUGACUGGAGAUGGCAGCCAGAUCAUCCAAGUGGUCCACUAUAUAUCAAUGCUGCCGGUAGAGCAAAGGCAGCGAGUCAAGCUAACCAAGAUAAUUUACACAUCCGAGCCCCUCACUCAGGCUCAAAGAGAGCACAUCGUCGCGACUCUCGGACCGAUUAAGAUCUGCUCUAUCCUCGGAAGCGCAGAGUCCGGUCCGUAUGCCAUCGGAAGUCCGGAUCUCACUGGGCGACAGGAUUGUACCUCAACAAUGGACUUUGUCUUUGACACUCGGACGAUGCUUAUAGAGAUUCUUCCCCCGUCGAUCAUGGACGAAGCUCCAUUGUCGACCGCAAGUCCUGUGCCGAAUGGAGAGCCCGGUAUUAUUGUCCAGACCUCCCUACAACGACUGCGCAAUCCGGUUGUCCGCUAUAACACGGGCGACAUUGGCUCUCUGCAUGCCCUGCCCGAGAGUGCCCGUGAUGUUAUCGCUCAGGAGGAUUGGGAGCAUCUUCGCGUUCUGCGCCUGCACGGCCGUGAUCGCCGGUUCAGCUUCAAAUGGUUUGCCGCUUACUUUGAGUUCGAAAACAUUGCGACCAUGAUGCAAGCCAAGGGAACUGGCAUUUUGCAAUGGCAAGUCAUACUCGGCACCCUGGAGUCAUCCCCGCAGACAACACUCGAAGUCCGCAUACUUCGCGCAAUUGAUAGGGGGGGGGGUAUACAGUCCAAAGAGGCUCUUGUUAAGAGAAUCGAAUGGUUCUUCUACCUUCUACCGGAGAAUGAACAUCUUUUCCAGAUUACCUUUGUGGACGACAUUGGGGGGUUCGAGAAGAGCGGGACUGGGAACAAGGUUAUGAAAUUUGUGGAUAGGACGUAG